GUACAACACAGCUCCAUUCUCAACCGACAUAAGGACCAAUCGAUUGAUCGAAACUCGGUAAUUGCUAUCAAAAUGGUACGACCCUUCUCACUGUAUGGGUACUUGUGUUUUGCCUACAGACACGCCAGCACCAAUGAUCUCACGUGAAGAUCUGUAACGCGAUGUGGAGAAGAGGCAAUGCUGACUGUAUCCCCAGGUCAAAGACAACGACACAGUCAUCAAGUGAGUACACACCAUGUUUAGCUUGCCAACACCAACUUGGCCAUGUGCACGUAGAGGGCUGAGAUGAAUCUAGGGAGUUCAAUGAGCUCGUCAACAUGAGCCCAGAUCAGUUGAAGGAGUGGCUUGGUGAUGAGGAAUCUGCUGGUGCAGGUUGGUCCAAGGACGAUGGCUCGGGUGAGACCGUCGGCCACGAGAGCGGCCGUAAGAUCAUCGAGAUCUUGGAGAAGAACCCAAACAAAGAGCCCAGCAAGUACGACGAAGAGGAUAUCAGCCACAUGCGCAAAGUUGUGGCGUACAACAAGCGCCAUCUGGCUCAAGAAGGAAAGGCAAAGCAGGACCCGGAAAGCAAGAGUGCUAAGUCUCUGAAAAACUGGGGCCAUGACCCUCAGCAGUCCUAGAUAGGUAGCAUAGCCGCGUUAUGGUGAUGUAGGAAUUUGACUUCACUUCUUUUGAAUCGAGGAAUACUGUGCUGUCGUGGAUACAUUGGCUGACAGAAGGACCGCCAGCCCUUCUUGGACAUGGUCGGACAAGUAGAAACGCCCAACAUAGAGUUUCGGAGCUGGUCGUUAUGUGUUUGAUGUCCGACGUGUCUGGGUGGAAACGUCGACAGGGCUCAUGUACGGAAUGUGCAGGCAAAGGUUGACAGACAGCAAGAGCAGACCGACAUUAUUGAGCUUGAGUAGUGGACGUCCCGCCCUUGCACAUGUUGCAGCAAAGCGCGGUCAGUUCUGACAGCACACCAAGCGCUAAGGGCAACACAGAGCCGGC